UACCACGGCGGCUGCGACAUGGGGGGGCGCGGAGCAGACGCCGGAAGUAGCGGUGGUACGGGUCCCACCGAGGGGUACUCACCGCAGGCAGCGUCCACCCGCGCCGCGGCGAGAGCCAAGGCCCGAGGGGGUGGGCGUGGCGGCCGCCGGAACACAACACCCUCUGUUCCCUCAGCUCGCGGAGCGGCGCUGCGUCGCUCCCCUCCACCGGCUGCCAUGAGCGAGCGCCUCCGCCCCAGGAAAAGGAGAAGGAAUGGCAGUGAAGAAGACCACCAUCUUCCCCCACAGACCAAAAGGAGUAGUAGAAACCCUGUCUUUCAUGAGUCCUGGGACACAGAGACAGUACCUGUAACGAAAAACAGUAAAGAAAACAGACUAAGAGGAAACAAAGUGUUCUGCGCGUCUUCGAGCAGCGAUAGCGGCGGCAGCAGCAGCAGCAGCAUCAACAGCCCGGACAGGGCAAGCGGGCCGGAGAGCAGCUUGAACCACAUGGGCGCCGGGUCCGGCCCUAACACCCCUCAGCCUGUUCCUGAGCAGUCUGCACUGUGCCAAGGCCCUUACUUCCGCAUCAACCAGACCCUGAAGGAGGCCCACUUCCACAGCCUACAGCACCGGGGACGGCCUCCGACAUGAUGUGCCGGCAGUUUCUUGCCUUCUGUGAAGGGACAGCGCUGUGCAGAUUUGAUAUUUCAACUUACGAUGUUUUAAAAAAUUGCACAAAAAUAUGCCUGUUGGCUUUUCAGUCUAUAUUUGAAAGAGCAGGUUAACAGGCAGUUGUUUACUUGUGGUUUUGCUGCACUAUUGCAAUUUCAAAGGGGCUUCGAAGCAAUUUUUUAUAGGAUUCUUUUGAGGGUGGGUAUCACAUCCAUGUCGAGGUAACGGUAUGAGGAAAUCUCAUCUGCGUGUUGAAUCCAUAGUUUGUCCAGUUCAGAUUGGUUUCCAAAUCUGUCAAUUAGAAAUUCUACUUCAUGUAAAAAGGCCUUUUAACAAUGCGGGAUCUUCAAUUUUUUAAAUUCAAUAAAUCAGCAAAGAGUAUCUAGUUUCCAUGAAAAAAACCUAAGUUUUUUUUUCCAAAAUUUAGAAAGCUUGAUUCAGUCUUGCACUGAAAUUAACUGCCAUACUACCUCUUAGUAUGUAGACAUCCUGUUGAAAGUACGCUGUCCUUUCUAACAGGAGAACAAUCAGAUCCAAGUUAGACCGCGGAAGGGAAGCACCCUUGCUAAUAACCAUCUUCUCUCUUUGUUAUAUAUUUGUAUUUCCAGAGAGAAUCUCUUUCAGACUUGUAUACCCAGAUAACUUCUGCUACCGUUACUCCUCCAAAGCCUACAUCUCAGACUUAGUAGAAAACACUGCACAGAUCUGACAGUCGAGAAGUACAUAACGAAUGACCUUUGUCUUACUCACAGACUUGUUCUGCCAGCAGCUUCUGUGAUCUCACUGGGAGUCCGCCUUGGGGGUCAAGAAUUCAGGCGCUGCUGAACGCUGACCAAGUGUAGGCUCUCUGAACUGCUGUCUGAAGUCACAAGUAUCAUGAAACUGUCGGACAAGGAUUCACUUUAUGCUUAAAGCAAACCCCCAACAGUAAUUCGGGGGCCACAUUCCACCGCUGAAACUGGAAAGACUGGUGUGGCUUAGAAAUAAAUGAGCAGAGGCACCGUUAGAAGAAGUGAUG